AACAGAUAAGUGCCGUAUCGUUCGGUAUUGUGGCUAACGGUUCUUUUCAAUAGGUAUGAUAAAGAGAGUCUCCCUAUACGACUCUAAUAGUCAAGCUAAACAGUUUUGCAUGUUGUUCAGGCGCCGCAGAUGCUAGAAUGUCCAUCUAUCCAUGGUCGGGCAUUCCUCUUGAGACUAGAUAUCCCGAGCCGAACAUAGUUCCGCUGCCACGGAUUUCCAAGGCUUCACCUAACAACACUUCUAUGACGGCCUAGAGUUCUAUAAACAUCUUCGCCCAUGUUGCAUUCGGUCCACCCUCGAUACGACCCGUUUUCUUUGCUGUCGAUUAACUCGGGCAUGUACGCUUAAGUGCACUUCCAUACCCUGAUUUAAGUGGACCAACGUGCUGUCGUUCUGCCAUUUCUGUUGUUUCAUCCAUAAACGCUGGCUGGUCGUCUGCCUAUCCUUUUUCAAACGGUCCAGGUCUCCCAGUGGCAAUUUUUACCGUUGCUGGACGACACAAUGAUCUGCGAACGCUAAUCCUCAGGCCUCAAGAUCGACCUGUCAACAUGCAUCGCCCAGCGUUCGGCCCUCCAUCGUAUCCCCGUAGUUUCUGAAGUCAACUGCCUCCGACUAUCGGCUGUUGCUCGAAUGCAUGUAACACGGAAGCGCCACGGAAUGUCCCUUAUAGCGAGUUGCCCUCCACCUAUGGUGUCUUACCGAUGAAUAGUCACUGAAUACGGAUACGCUAUCUCCUUCCUCGACACAGCUCAAACCGUAUUCGCGUGUUAUUUAUAUAUUCUGCAACAUGAUCGACCCCAGCGAUCACUCACAUUGUCCAUUAUCUUGACAUUGUGAAGGGCGCGACGUUUCACAUUGCACAAGUCAUCCUGAACCAUCACACGUUCUGUCCGAUCCCUAUUUGGAUUUUGCAGAGCACACCUUGGGCGUUCAGCCAGGAAGAUGCACUCCGCUACACUAAUGGAUGUCGCAAACACAUUAUUACCGGAUUGUCUUUGCAAGCUUCUACUUUCUACGUCGAGGCAACCUGAAUUAAAAAUCACAUCGAAGUUCUUCUGGACGCUGAGCAAGCUUCUAUAUACUGUCGAUUUGUCCUCCUCUCGAUAAAUCAGUAAUCAGUCCUCCUAUGGGAGACAAAGGCUUACUGGACCUGCCGAGGAAAGAUAUCAGCAGGUACACAUAGCGUGUCCAGUGUCUUUCAAUAUGGGUAAACCCGUAUACUGAAGUCCUACCUUUCCCCACUUCUCCGUCGUGUCAGAUAGCCUUCAGUCAAUAUACGCACACCUGUACGUAGGUUUAUAGUAUGGCGGAGUUUGACGUUUAUGACAGUUUCGAAUUGUUCAUGCAUAAUGUCCUCCAUGUCGUAGGCAUAUGCAUCUUGUACUACGACUAUAUCAUCACAUUCGCCAAUGAGGUCUCCUACAUCUGGUCAAACCCUAGGACACACGCGUCGUGGCUGUUCUUGCUGAAUCGAUACUUUUCAAUUCUUAGCGACGUUGCCGUCGUUUCGGCAAAUUUUGCGGACUUCAUGACCGUUGAAGCAUGUAAAAAUUACUAUUUCUUUCGCCAAAUGAUGCUGGUUAUCGCUCAGGUUAUCGUUUGUAUCAUCUCCUUUCUCCGAACAUACGCUCUGUAUGAGCGGAGUAAGCGAAUCAUGACUUUUAUCGUCUCCGUCUUUUUGGUUCUUUUCAGUUUGGCUUGCUGGUCCCUCAUCGGCCAGAAUUCGGAGUAUAGUAUCAGACAUGGAUGCCAGCAGGCGAUAAGCAAGCCCACUGGUAUUCACCUUGCGGUGGCCUGGGAGGCCUUGUUUGCUUACGACUGUAUGAUCUUCGCCCUCACCAUCUACAAGACGUAUCAAGAGAGAACCCGAAGUAACGUAGCAAUGCUCAAUAGCUUGGUCGAACUCAUCUGGCGAGAUGGUGCUAUCUACUUUGCUGUCAUGGCUUGCGCGAAUGCUGCGAAUGUUUUGACGUUCUACUUCCUCUCGCCCGAGCUCAAGGGUCUAUUAUCCACAUUCGCUAGCAGUGUCUCAGUGACCAUGAUGUCCCGUAUCAUGCUCAACCUCCACGAAUCGGCCUCUCUUACCAAAUUCAACCCGACACCCGGGUCCAUAUCGACAUCAGACCCGUCGAACAGCACAUUGAUUUUCACUUCCCGGAUAACUAUGCCUUCUACAGCAUUGGGUCAUAAUGUCAGCGUUGACCACCACACGGUAUCGGAACACUCCCGCAGUGCAAGUAAUUGUAUCAGUCACGGAUGCCAGGCAUCUGGAGAAGGCUUGAGCCCCGAUCCGGAGGUUCCUAUCGAAUUGGAAAAUAUAGGCACGACGACUGUGGUCGCCGAUGGAAGUAUAGGUCGCGUCUAGGGUUUCUUGCCAUGCUGGAUUCAUGGCUCUUUGUAUCGUAUUUGUACGUUGUACGCUAGAGGGCUUCGCUUGUAUCAGUACUUGUAGCAAUGUCACGGCGACAUCCCGACUCUUUCGACAGAGGACAUCAUGUGAAUAUCUGUCACUAUUAACGGAUGCUAGUGAUGCC